AUGUUUAAAACACCCCCACUUAAUAAGACUACAGUAUUGACGGAUAACUCCGUAAAACAAACCGAAGAAAUAGAACCAUCAGCGGGGAGAGCGCAGGAAGGGAUAUCCCAAGUAAGAAAAAGUGUCGGUGAGCUUGAGUCGCGACUUAGUGCAGCUCCUAAAACAAGGACAAACACGCAACCGGCGAAACAAAAAUCUCAAAACAAACUAUCCCCUGCAGCUUGCAGUGUAGAAAACCAAGCUGACCCAGAAACGACUACUUAUGCAAAUAGGGCACAAGAAGCGAAAGCGUAUCUGGUUAAAAUAAAACUUUUAUUAAAUAGCUCACGAAAUCUAAAGACGGAAUUAAAGGACAAAAUUAUAGAAGCUGUUGACAAAUUAUAUAGGUUGGCGAAAGAAGUGGGAGAAGGAAAGGAAAUCACAUUAGUAAAAGAAUCUAGCACUGCUGAGAAAAAGAUCGAGGUAGAACACAAGCUAAUAAAGAAAUUAGAAGAACACAGUAAGCUCCUCACUGAGUAUAAAAUAGAAACUCAACGGUUUAGUGAAGAGGAAAUUUCAGCGUUCAAAAAUUAUAACCCUGAAACUACACCAUAUGAUAGCCCUGGUCAAGCCCAUCAAAACGAGCCCGGGUGCGGAGCUGUAGGCCCAUCCGUUCGGGAGUUACAGCGCAUUAACCCUAAUUUUGGCGGCCAUCUUGUUCGAAAACCAUUAUUUGAAAGCGCUGUAACUUGGGAACAUAUUGGGCUAGGUAUACCGAGUUGGGGUUCCUUGAAUAGGGCUCGAGGAGUGCUGUUAGGUGGUGUUUAG